AUGGCGUAUGUGGGAAACUCGUUCGCCCCUGCUAUUGCGGGGAUACUGAACAGCAUCGGAAAAGUCCUCGGCUGCGGCGUCGGCAACGGCGGGGGCCUCGGAAACAUCAACGCCUGCGGCAACGGCAACAAUCGAGCCGGUGGGGCCGUGGCGGCGCGGCGGCUGGUGGCAUUGGGCGACCCUUUUGGUGGCUUUGGCUGGAGCGGGCUGGGCGCUCAGCAGUUGCAGGUGGACUGGCUGGGCAUGGCCGUACUAGCUGGGGCCCUGCUCGCAGCGGCCGGCUACCUCGGAUGCUGCGCCCUCGUCAAGCGCAGACGCGAGAGGCGCGGCAUGGCGCCGCUCGAUGCGGGCAGCUUCCGCCUAGCUGCCGCCAGAGGCGACGUCGGCGCGCUACGGCGCAUCGCCGCCUCCUGCGCCCGUUUCGACCCCGAAGCGCCGCUCGGUGGCUUCACGGCGCUGCACGCGGCGGCAGUCGAGGGGCGCGCGGGCGCGGCACUGUGGCUGCUGCGGCGGGGCGCCAGCAUCGCGGCGGUCAAGGAUGACGGCUGGUCAAACCAAGCCCUUCACUACGCCGCCGCCCGCAACCACACGGCCGUCGCGCGCGCCCUCCUCGCCUUUGGCGCCGACCCCUCCGCCAAAAACGCCCUCGGCGCCACCCCCGCCGACCUGGCCGAGCGCGGCGGCCACGCGGCGCUCGCGGCGCUGCUGCGCGAUGCUCAAACAGCGCCGCACGCUCUGCCGAGCCAGGCGAGGGUGGAGGCGGAGUGGCCGGCCGGCGCGUCAGACAGGCAGGAGCAGCAGGAUGGGCGCGAGGGCGGCGACCCUCAGUCUGCCGCCGCCGCCGGGCCCGCGGCUGCGCGCCGCCGCCGCGGCUGGGAGGGCGUCGGGGCGCCGGGCACGCGGCUGGGGGCCGGGGUCCAGGGGUUCAGGGCGGUCGCGGCGCUGGAGCUGGUGGCGGUCGUCGGUUACCUGGCGUGGCGCGGCGCGCGCACGCUCACGCCGGGGUGGUACUAUUUUUACAGCAUCCCCUUCUUUCUGUUGGAGGAGCAGGAGCAGGAGCAGGAGCAGGAGCAGGAGCAGGAGCAGGAGCAGGAGCAGGAGCAGGAGCAGGAGCAGGAGCAGGUGCAGGUGCAGGUGCAGGAGCAGCAGCAGCAGCAGCAGCAGCAGGAGCAGGAGGAGGAGGAGGAGCCCGUGCAGCAACAGCGGCAGCAGCAACAGCAGCAGCAACAGCAGCAGCAGCAGCAGCAGAAGGAGGAGGAGCAGCAGCAGCAGCCGCAGAUGCCGCCCGUCGACGUGUUUGUGGUGUGCUAUGAGGAGCCUGUAGAAGUCGUGGAGCCGACAGUGGUGGCCGCCGUCAACCUUGACUACCCAGCCGGCCUGCUGACGGUGCACGUCCUGCAUGACGGCAGAGACCCGGGCGUCGAGGACAUGGUGACCCGCCUGCAGCUUCAGUGCAGCUUCAUGGGGCGCGACCCGCGCCUGGCCUACGUGCGUCGACGCAAGGCGGCCGGCGUGCCGCACCACGCGAAGGCUGGCAACAUCAACAGCUGCUUGCUGCUGGAGGGGGAGGGGCGCGGGGACUUUGUCCUUGUGCUUGACUGCGACAUGAUCGUGCACCCCGAGUUCCUGAUGCGGACGCUGGGGCACUUUUACAGGCGGCUGGGUGACUCAGCAUCGAAGGGCGGCGCCUGGGAGCUGAAGGAUGACGCGGCACUGCUGCAGACGCCCCAGGAUUUCUACAACGUGGAGCCCGAUGACCCGUUCUGCGACUGCGCGCGCUUCUUCUACGGCACCAUGAUGCAGGGCCGCGACGGCGCGGGCGCGGCCCCCUGCUGCGGUACCGGCGUGCUGUUCAGACGGGACGCCCUGGUGUCGAUCGGGGGCCAGGCGCACGAGUCGGUGACCGAAGACUUUGCCACCGACCCACAUCUCUCAAUCCCUGCAGCCUUGCAUCCAGCGGUGGCUUCGCCGGCCGCCUGA